CGAGUCAAUCUGAAUUAAUUUAACAAACUACUGACUGAUUUGGAAUAUUUUUUGGUGAUAAGUAUGUUAAACCCAUAACCAUUGGAUCCUUGGCUCCAUAUAAUAAAGACCACACCCACAUAAACUAAGAUCUAGCUAAGCUGAAACAAGCUCGUAGUCACAGAAUUUGUACGUGUGGGAUCAACCUUAUGAUCCUAAUUAGCUAGCCAGCUCUCUUAGUUUAGUCUCCUUAACUACUCAUCAAGAGAAAUAUACUCCACACUUAGCCCCAACCCGAUCUCGUAAACAUAUUUCACAUACUGGAUUCGGGUGGAGCUAUAGUCGCGGGUGUGAGUUUGCUAUGGAUUGUUGUCGUUAUUUAUCAGAAUUGAGUUUUAGGUCACGAGUCAGCUUCGAGGCAGUAACAGAAUGUCUGAUUUUUUCUCACUAGGAGGAGGUGGGAGUAGCGAAAGAAGCCGAGGCGGCGCGAGUAGAACCACCACGAGUAAUAUCAACCAAGAAGAGCAAGAAAGGAGCCGAUUGAACCAAAGCGCCGAAACUUGGAAUCUGUACGGCCGAAGCGGUCAUGGACCUCAUCAUGACCAGCACUACUUGUACAGCAUACCUCCGGACCGGAUCCCUUUCGAGCUGUGGAAUCAGCAUCCGAACCCGGUUCUGCUGCAGCCUGGUGGUGCAGGGGCGGGAGCUGGCGGCGUUAUGGCGGGUGGGGAGGAGAGAUCUGGGGAUUUUCUGAUGAUGAGUAGCAGCAGCAGCGCUGGCGGAAGUGGAGUUAUCAACUGUGAGGAUUGCGGGAAUCAAGCGAAGAAAGAUUGCACGCACAGGAGGUGUAGGACUUGCUGCACCAGCCGAGGGUUUGAGUGCCAGACUCAUGUCAAGAGUACCUGGGUUUCGGCUUCCAAAAGGCGCCAGAGACAACAACAACAACUACAACAACAACAAGAGCCGCAGCUUCAGCAGCAUAGCGAUGUCCCCAAAAGACCCAGACAAACUCAUCCCAAUCCCUCAGCUUCUGGGUUUGGAAAUUUUCCACCAGAAGUGAGGUCACCGGCUGUUUUUAAUUGCGUUAGGGUGAGUUCUAUCGAUGAUGUUGGGGAAGACCAAUUUGCUUAUCAAACGGCUGUUAGCAUUGGAGGCCAUGUUUUCAAGGGAAUUCUAUACGAUCAAGGCCCAGAAAAUACUGCCCCUCACUAGCUAGGAUGCCGAUGUACACGUGCUCAUCACCAACACAGCUCCUCGAUCUGCUGCCUGUGCUAGAUUGGCCACUGGCACUGAGUUUCUUCGCCCUUCAUUUUACUCGGUUCUCAUCAUAUUUAUUCCCAAUGUCUGGUACGCAGUUCAAUCAAUAAAUCUGCAGUUUUGUGCUAUCUUAUUACUGUUACUUGCUAGAAUAUAAAUUUUCUUAUCA